AUGAAUUCACGUUUGUCUUCAUGCCAUCGGAAACAAUUGUCCACGUGGCUUGGAGGAAACAAACGGUUCCAACUGCUCUACAGCACUGCAACAGAUGAAUGUGGAAGCGCGAGAUUCCACUACAGAUGUGACAAUGUAGGAGCAACUGUGACAGUUGGACGUAAUACCACUGGAGGGGUCUUUGGGGGCUAUACCUCAGUGAGCUGGCGCAGUGGAACGAAUUACGAUGACAGAGCAUUUCUGUUCAGGCUUGAUAGAAAUGGAUCUUUUCACCCCAAGAAAUACAGGCUUAAAGAUGGACAUGAAGCAAGGGCAAUAUACCAGUCUUCAGGUGAAGGUCCAAGGUUUGGUAGUGACAUACAAUUUCUUAAAAAAGGUCCUUUUCUCAAGUCUGAUGGAUUUUUCCCAUGUGAAACAACAGGUACACACGGGGCGGACUAUGACAUGGCUGGCGACACAGCUACAGAUUUCACAGGAAGCAAUCUCAAACUGUCGGAAAUUGAUGUCUACAAGGUCCAAGACGCAGAUGUCGAGUUCGAUGAGCCUUGGCGAAACACCGGCAACACGGACCUGGUGAAGCUGAUGUCACAAAUGGAGAAUUACUGCCCCGUUGAAGAAGCGAAACUGGACCAUGUCAAUCUUUUGCUUGUGGGUGCAGUAGGAAGUGGCAAGUCCAGCUAUUUCAACACCAUCAACUCCUUGUUCAGGGGCCACGUGACUGGUCAGGCAAGGAGUGGCAGUGCUACCCAUAGUCUGACUUCAAUGUUCAGGGUUUACAAAGUGAGGUCGAAGUCUGGUACGCCGCUGAAGUUCCGUCUGUGCGACACACGAGGCCUGGAGGAGGACAAGGGGAUGAAACCAGAGGACUUGGUGGCAUUUCUCGAUGGACACAUCGAGAAUGGAUUUCAGUUUAACCCAUUUACGAAGCUGGUUCCCGACACAGAAGGUUACAGAAAAUCGCCAGCCUUCGGAGAUACAGCUCACUGCGUUGUCUUUGUCGUCGACGCCUCCACUGUGGACGUAUAUUCGGACAAGAUCCUACACGUUGUCAAAGAGUUUCAGGAAACUGCAAAUGCUCGAGGUGUGCCCCAGGUUGUUCUGUUGACCAAGGUGGACAAGGUGUGUCCUGCUCUGGACAAAGAUUUGUCAGGUCUCUUUAAAAACAUAACCGUGUCUGAUCUUGUUGACACGGUUGCCCAGCUGAUGGGUCUCCCCCGGUCCUGUGUUCUGCCAAUCAAGAACUAUGAGAAGGAGACAGAACUUGACGCCAGAGUGGAUGUUCCAGCUCUGCUUAGUCUCCAACAGAUGCUCCGGCUUGCUGAUGACUACCUUUAUUAUUAUCUCGAUCAAAAUGAUGCUUAAUGCAUAUUAUACGUUUUUUCAAACGUACAACAUUUGCUCAGUGUAUGAUACCUAGUGCGGGACAGGACAUCCAGGCAAAUACAUGUACGCAUGUCUUGUUGUACAGUAGCUCGUUCUCAAGGUGUUUCUCAAGUGUACAAUAACACUUUUUACUUGCUUUUUAAUGGCUUAUGCUUUAUAAGAUAAGUACUUUCGUCGUUUGUGGUGUUUCUUGUGGACCAUUUGUGAAGUAAUGGCCUGAAAAAAUGUGUGUUGUGGUAAAAAUAAACAUUUUUAGGUUACUGAGAAAACAAAGUCUGUCUUGAAGUAGUAA